UCCGCGGGAUCAGACUUGCUUGAUGAUGCAGUCAAGCAGAUAUAUAGCAGAUAACAUUUUCAAAAUUUCGAUGCAUUCUGCAAUUAAAAAGACAAACUUGUAUCUAUCUGUCUAUCUAUCUGUACUGUACGACUCGUCUCUCACUGGCUCUUAAUGAAUUCAAUCGUUGUUCACGUCGACGUUUGUGCUUGCGCAGAGGAGAUUACUUUUUUUCUUUUUUUUUUUCUUGGUUGGUGCUUAACCGAAUUUAAUGUUAUGGUUUAUUUCAACAAAGACAAAAGAAAUCACCUCUGAGCAAACAAUCAAAGAGAAUCUUGCAUUUAGAGAAGUCGAUUAUAUUAAAACACCAUCCGCCACGCUGAAUAAAGCAUUGAAGUUUUAAAUCUCCCUGCGAGCAGAUAUCGUCGUGUGUAAUAUUAGAAAGAUAACCUCAAAAAAUAACGAAUUUGGAAUGCUUUUAAUAAUAUUAAGCAAACAUGUUGAAAAUAUUUGUUAGAAUUCCUUUGGCGGGCCGUUUAACACUGAUUAUUUGUUUAUUCGCGUUCUCGUGGGCCCAGGAACGUAACGUGAUUUUGGAAGCAAUUGAUUUUUUAAUACGCGGCGGAAAUGAUGCCAAUUUAGAGAAUUAUGACAACACCAUUGGCAUGGAGGGAGAAUACGAUUUUAUUGUAGUCGGAGCCGGUACAGCAGGCUGCGCUUUGGCUGCUCGCCUCUCAGAAAAUCCAAAAUGGAAGGUUUUAUUAUUAGAGGCAGGUGGUCCCGAAAGUCUAGUUAUGGAUAUACCAAUAGUAGCUCAUUACCUGCAACUUGGUGAAAUGAAUUGGAAAUAUCGUACUCAGCCGUCCCAACAGGCUUGUUUAGCCAUGAAUAAUAAUCGUUGUAAUUGGCCUCGGGGCAAAGUAAUGGGCGGCUCUUCUGUUCUAAAUUAUAUGAUGUAUACACGAGGUAAUCGUCGCGACUACGACCGCUGGGCUGAGCUGGGCAACGAAGGCUGGAGUUAUAAAGAUGUUUUACCAUAUUUUAAAAAAUAUGAAGGCUCCACUGUACCCGAUGCCGAACCUCAAUAUGUUGGACGCAACGGACCGGUAAGAAUUUCGUAUAUAAAGUGGCGGUCUAAGAUCGCUGAUGCUUUUGUGGAAGCUGCCCAACAGGAUGGUCUUAAAUACCGUGACUAUAAUGGUCAAAUACAGAACGGCGUUUCCUACUUACAUACUACCACUUACAACGCCACACGCUGGAGUUCCAAUCGUUCCUAUUUAUACCCAAUCAAAGGGCAGCGUCCUAAUUUGCAUGUCAAGAAGAGAGCUUUGGUUUCUAAAGUGCUUAUAAAUCCCGAAAGUAAAACGGCCUACGGCGUGGAAGUGCAAACUGAUGGUAGAUCGUAUAAAAUUAUGGCCCGCCGUGAAGUUAUAGUGUCAGCAGGUGCGAUUAACACACCGCAAUUGCUUAUGUUAUCAGGAGUGGGUCCUUCGAAACAUUUGAAAGAAAUGGGUAUCAAACCUAUAGUCAAUUUAGCAGUAGGUUAUAAUCUGCAAGACCACACUGCCCCAGCUGUUACUUUUACCACCAAUGCAACAUCCUUACAUUUUGAAGACUUUUCCGAAUCUACUUGGUUGUAUCGGUUUAAUAGGCAAGAAGGGCCGUAUGGUUCACCAGGUGGUUGCGAAGCUAUAGCAUUUUGGGAUUUGGGCCAUCCUGACGCUGUUGAUGGUUGGCCAGACAUUGAAUUGUUUUUAGUGGGCGGUUCCAUGUCUGCCAAUCCGGCCAUUUCUCGCGGAUUCGGCUUAAAAAACUCAAUUUACAACAGUAUGUUUGCAGAAAUUGAGGAUAAGAAUAUUGAUGCAUUUAUGGUCUUCCCAAUGAUUUUGCGACCAAAAAGCCGAGGCCGUAUCAUGCUUAAAUCUACAGAUCCUUUCAAAUACCCUUUGAUUUACGCGAAUUAUUUUUCGAAUCCAUAUGACGUCGAUAUAUCUGUAAAGGGUUUACUUAAAGCUAUUAGUUUAACCGAGCGCUCGGGCUUUAAGAAAAUCAAUGCUAAGCUCUGGGAUCGUCUGAUUCCGACUUGCAGUCAAUUUCCUUAUAAAUCGCGUGAAUAUUGGGAAUGUUAUGUUAAACAUUUCACUUUUACUAUUUAUCAUUAUUCGGGUACAGCUAAAAUGGGUCCAAUAACGGAUCGUUCCGCUGUUGUAGAUUCUCGCUUAAGAGUGUACGGAGUAAAAAAUCUACGAGUAGCAGAUGCCAGUAUAAUGCCUGAGAUAAUGUCGGGGCAUCCGAAUGGACCGGUUUUUAUGAUAGCUGAGAAAGCUGCCGACAUGAUUAAACAAGAUCAUAAUUAUAUAAAAUAACAUAUAGUACGAUCGAUGUUUAAAAGGGGAGGAUUAGGAUAAUUUUUAUUUAAUUUUACUUACUUAGCCAUAUUAUUUGUACUUUUAAAAUGUAAGACAACUAACUAAUACUCACAAUAAUGUUUAAUACCAAAGAGAUGA